AUGACGGAGGUGCAGACCCCGGUAGCACCUGAUCAGCAGCUCGAAGAGACCGGCAAAGCUCAAUACAGCUUCAGCUUUAGCGACUUCCUGCGACGAGAGUACAGAUUUGGCCUUGACCCAAACCGCCCGUUAUGUAGAGCAUACCAGCAAGGGCACUGCCCUUUGGGGAGUCGCUGCCCUGACAAGCAUCAUGUCUCGUCUUCAUACAACAAUCUGGUCUGCAAGCAUUGGCUCCGUGGCCUAUGUAAGAAAGGCGAAACCUGCGAAUUCUUGCACGAAUACAACCUUCGACGAAUGCCCGAAUGCUCCUACUACGCUCGAACGCAGACGUGCUCUAAUGGGGACGACUGUUUAUACCUCCACAUUGAUCCUGAAGCCAAACGACCUUCAUGUCCACACUAUGACCGCGGUUUCUGUCCACUCGGCCCACAUUGCGCGCUCAAGCACAAUAAGAAGGAGAGGAUAUGUCCGUUCUACUUGUGCGGUUUCUGCCCUGCAGGGCCACAGUGUAAAGAUGGUGCACACCCAAGAUUCCCGACAGAUCUCAAGAAGCCAGAGGUGCGCAUCGAAAAGAGCCCCGAGGAGCUUGAAGCAGAGCGUUUAGAGCGUGAGAGGGAGAUGAUGAAGAGGGAAGAGGAGGAAAGAGAGCGCGGUGAAGAACGAGGGUUCCGCGGCGGAAGGGGUGGAAGAGGUGGGUGGAGAGGCAACAAGCGCGGAGGUCGGGGAAGAGGUAGAGGGCGCGGCGAACAUUGA